AUGGGGGCAACCCGGAAGCCAUGUGGUGAGGCCCCGGGGCUCCUGCACCGCACCCCCCAGCACCCCUGGCCGCCACACCUCACUUCCACCCUCCCCGCCCCCUGCGAACAGGAUGGCUACGCCUCCAGGAGACACAUGCACAGACCUGACCUCACGGACGCAGCCCGGAAUUACCCCCAGCUGCCUGCAAACAGCAUCCACUUCGAUGAUAAGCAGUCGCCGGGAGGGGGGCGCCGGCCCCGCCCAGAGAUGCUGCAGGAGGCAUAUCCCACAGACCCCUCGGAGGUACGUCCACCCCGGUCCCCUGACAUCAGCGGCUUCACGCCUGUGACCAGCACAUGUCCAGGGGGGCUCGCCGCGUUCCCGCCCCUGGGGAUCGAUCGGCUGGCUGGCGACGCGCGGCCGCGGCUCCCGAGCCUCCGCCCCCUCCCCCGCUCGGGCUACGCAGGACGCGGCCUCCGAGCAGCGUCCUCGCGGUUCCGGGCCGCGGCCGGGCUCGGCUCCCAGCCAGCCCGGGAGGCGGAGACGCACCGGGCCCUUCCGAUCGCGCCCGCCCCGCCACUCCGGGGUCGUCCCCUCACCCCUCGCGGCGACCCCACCGAGCUCGCAGCCCCGCGGGCGGCGCCCUCGGGAGGCCGCGUGGAGCGCAGCAGCUCCCCCAGCCGGACGCUGGAGCGGCACGCCGAACGCGCCGUCUCGCCGCCGGAGGUGCUAAACUUCACACUCAGCGUCUUCUCAGCCUGCAUAGCUUUCGGUUCAUGGAGACAGAGUGGGGUCUUAUGUCAUUCCCCACCUGGAGGCUGCAAGGCUGGCUCGGUUUUUUUUACGCCGUGUCCCCCUCCCUUUUCCCUUGCAAGAUAUAACACGUGGGAGCCGGAGGAGAACAUCCUGGAUCCCCGGCUGCUGAUCGCCUUCCAGAACAGGGAACGGCAGGAGCAGCUGAUGGGAUAUCGGAAGAGAGGGCCGAAGCCCAAACCGCUGGUGGUGCAGGUACCUACCUUUGCCCGUCGCUCCAACGUGCUGACUGGACUCCAGGACUCCUCCGCAGACAACCGCUCCAAGCUGGAGCUGGGCGCUCAGGGCAAGGGCCAGGGCCACCAGUACGAGCUCAACAGCAAGAAGCACCACCAGUACCAGCCCCACAGCAAGGAGCGAACCGGCAAGCCCCCCCCGCCCGGCAAGAGCGGCAAGUAUUACUACCAGCUCAACAGCAAGAAGCACCACCCCUACCAGCCGGACCCCAAGAUGUACGACCUGCAGUACCAGGGCGGCCACAAGGAGGCGCCCAGCCCCACUUGCCCGGACCUGGGCGCCAAGAGCCACCCGCCGGACAAGUGGGCCCACGGCGCGGGGGCCAAGGGCUACCUGGGAGCCGUGAAGCCCUUGGCCGGUGCGGCCGGGGCCCCAGGCAAGGGCUCCGAGAAGGGCCCCCCCAACGGGAUGACGCCGGCCCCCAAAGAGGCGGUGACGGGCAACGGGAUUGGGGGCAAGAUGAAGAUCGUCAAGAACAAGAACAAGAAUGGACGCAUCGUGAUCGUGAUGAGCAAAUACAUGGAGAACGGCAUGCAGGCGGUGAAGAUCAAGUCUGGCGAGGCGGCCGAGGGCGAGGCGCGCUCCCCCAGCCACAAGAAGCGGGCCGCCGAGGAGCGCCACUCUCCGGCCGACAGGACUUUCAAAAAGGCAGCGGGGACCGACGAGAAGAAGGCGGAAGCACCAUCCAAGAGGAGGGAGGAGGAGGCGCCGGGGGCUGGCGACCCGCAGCCCCAGGACGCCGGCUCCCGCAAGCUCUCCCCCACCAAGGAGGCCUUCGGCGAGCAGCCGCUACAGCUCACCACCAAGCCCGACCUGCUGGCCUGGGACCCGGCCCGGAGCUCCCACCCGCCCUCCCACCACCACCACCACCACCACCACCAUCACCACCACCACCACUCGGUCGGCCUCAAUCUCUCCCACGCGCGCAAGCGCUGCCUCUCCGAGACCCACGGCGAGCGCGAGCCCUGCAAAAAGCGCCUCACGGCGCGCAGCAUCAGCACCCCCACCUGCCUGGGGGGCAGCCCGGCCGCCGAGCACCCCACCGACGUGCCCCCCACCGCCGCCCUCCCGCAGCCCGAGGUCAUCCUGCUGGACUCGGAUCUGGACGAGCCCAUAGACUUGCGCUGCGUCAAGACGCGCGGCGAGGCCGGAGAGCCCCCAAGCGCCCUCCAAGUGAAGCCCGAGGCGCCCGCGACGGCGUCGGCGGUGGCGGCCGCCGCGCCGGUGACGGCGGCCGAGAAGCCUCCAGCCGAGGCCCAGGACGAGCCCGAGGAGCCGCUGAGCGAGUUCAAGCCCUUCUUUGGGAAUAUAAUUAUCACCGACGUCACCGCGAACUGCCUCACCGUCACGUUCAAGGAGUACGUGACGGUGUAGCCAGAGGGCUUCGGAAGGGGAAGCGCCAUCCCCGCGGGUGGCUUAGCACCUGGUGCCUAGGGGCGGACUCCUCCUCUCUCGCCA